CUUGUCUCCUCUCAGAAAUUUUUUUCAAAUGGAGAAUACGAAGCUGUCGCCUGUCGGCUGCGACUGAAAAGAACAGAGAAACGAAAAAUCCUCCUCAUUUCUUCCUCUGCCCCCGAAUCGCGCCCCUGUUCGUCCCGAUUCUGAAGCAUCAACAUCGUCCUCCGCCAUGAUCCGGUUCAUCCUGCUGCAGAACCGGCAGGGGAAGACGCGGCUGGCCAAGUACUACGUCCCGCUCGAGGACUCGGAGAAGCACAAGGUCGAGUACGAGGUGCAUCGGCUCGUGGUCAACCGGGACCCCAAGUUCACCAACUUCGUCGAGUUCCGUACACACAAAGUCAUCUACAGGAGAUAUGCAGGACUUUUUUUCUCAAUGUGCGUGGAUAUCACUGACAAUGAGUUGGCAUAUUUGGAAUGCAUCCAUUUGUUUGUUGAGAUAUUGGACCAUUUCUUCAGCAAUGUUUGUGAACUUGAUUUAGUAUUUAACUUCCACAAGGUCUACUUGAUAUUGGAUGAGUUUAUUCUUGCUGGAGAGCUUCAAGAAACAAGCAAAAGGGCAAUUAUAGAGAGGAUGGGCGAGCUUGAGAAGCUGGAAUGAGGAGAAAAAAAAAGUUGUGAUUUACAGUAGCGUUGUUUGGGAUAUAAUCAGGGACGAGCCUGUUCUGCCCUAUCGACAAAUCACUUCCAUUUUGUUUGUACAAUUCUUUGUACCUUUUGUGCUAUAUCCUUGCUCCAUUUGAACCUUUCACGACUGCGAGUCUGUAAGUGCCCUUUCAUUGUUGCGAGAGGUUAAUGAUGGAUAUGUGGGCCCACCUUUCAUGUGAAGAAGAUAUGAAUUUGAUGCAAAGCAACUAACCCACUGAUUAAGUGAUCA